AUGUCUGGCCCCCGCUGGUACACCUACCUCACCAAAGUGCUCACUGAGCACGAUAAAUCCAGUCGUAAGUCUCUCUAUCAGAUCGCCACCAUCGACUCAGCCAACCGCCCCCACGUCCGCUCCCAGAUCAACCGCGGCUUCCUCACCGCUCCCGACCUCCCCGCAUUCCCCGUCCUCCUCACCACCACCGAUUCCCGUUCUCCCAAGAUCGAACAGCUGGGACAUUCCAACCUCGUCGAGAUCUGUUGGUGGAUCGACGGCAGCUCCGACCAGUUCCGCAUCCUCGGUCGCUCGCGGAAUAUUCUCUCCACUCCCACUACUCCGAAGGACGAAGACGACUGCAUCGCUCUCAAAGCACUAGACGCGGCGCAUUUCGACUGGGAAGCCAAGCGUCACGAGUUGUUCAAUGCAGCAAGCUCUCAUAUGCGAGCGAGUUGGUGCCGUCCGGUUCCGGGUUCUGUGUUGAAAGGCGGGUACGACGAGGCGAAGAACUGGGUUGAGUCGGUGAAGAAGGAAGGCGAGGCUGAGACGGACGAAGAGAAGAAGUUUACGGCGCAGGCGUUGGGUAACUUUGCAUUGAUGGCUAUUGAGCCUCUCGAGGUGGAUUGGGUGCAGAUGGGCAUUGUACCGAAUCGGAGGACAAAGUAUUGGAGGGAAGGGAGAUGCGCCCCUAUUCUGGGCCCGUCAGCGACGAGACACACAACACCGACCGGUUCAUUGAGAAAUAAAUGGUAA